CCUGGUUGUAUGCGCAGUUGUGCACAAAUUAAUCUCACGUUUCAGUGAUAUGGAUUAAAUACCAAUAUGGAUUAAAACUUAAAAGUCAAACGUCCAAGUCUGGAAGAGGUUAUCGUCUACCCUGGGAGUAUAUAAAAUCAAACUAUUCCGUUUAUUCAAGUUUGGAUUGCGCGCAUUUGUGUCUGGAAAAAAGAUGUCGUUCAGGAUUUUCAUUUAAGAAGAAGAAAAAAAAUGAAAUGAACUGCUUACUCACAGACAUCCCACUAGCGUCUGAGGACAAUGAAAGGGAUGAAUCAUGGCAGUUUUAUCAGAUAAUGUCUGGGUGUCAGUAUGGAAGCAAAGAACAUCCUGGAACGUCUUGUCGUGACAUUCUAACCAGGAACUGCACUGACAAUGGUAUUUAUUGGAUCUCACUAAAUUCGGAUGCAUCUAAAAUAUUUCCUGUGUUGUGUGAUAUGAUGAAUGGAGGUUGGACCCUAAUAUUUAAAGGCGUUGCAGGUGUUUCUGGAGUUAUACAUAAAAUUUGGGAGAAUCAAUCUACAUUUAACGAGGAGUCAUUUGAAGCUUUGAAUAAAGAGAACAACUUCAAAAGUCAUUAUAAAAAUAGAAUUGUCAAAGAAUGGAACACUUUUAACCCAGUCCAGGCUCGUAUUGUACUGUACUCUGAAGGAAAAGAAGACUUGGUUUUAACAUUCAAUGCUAAGAACAAAGGCAACUUGCACUGGUUUCAGGAAGCAAAUCUUGAAUCCUCUCCUUGGAAAGAUAUUUAUGGAACCCCCAAGAAUAGUUUCAGCCUUAUAGGAGAUUGUAAUCAUGAGAGAACAAGAUGCCGUAACUUCUAUAUCAGUCGUCUUCACUACUAUUGUCCUGGUGACCGCGGUUGGUUAAGUAUAGGAAAUAGAGAUUAUGAUUGUAACUGGGAGAGAAGAUAUGGAGAGACUUCGUUUCUUUACAGCAAGAAGGAAACUAAUGUUAUCUGGAGCAGUGAUGCUGUAAAUGUUGGUUCUUCUGAAGUAUUUGCAGUUUAUCUUCGUUAGUCCUGCAUGAGAACGACGAAAACGACGUGUUCGUGUUAACUGCGACGUGUAGGCUGUUGUGAAGUAGAUGUGCUCUACUAUUUGUGUGAGGAACUUAGAAUACAGUUUAAUUUUUAUUAUUGAGUCGAGGUUUUUGAUAGUUGACGUGUGUUUAGAUUGCGGAGUUUGUAUAAUAUUCUCAUGAACUGCACUUACAUAAUUUGUUUGAUUGUGGAUUAACCCACAAAUCUUCCGAGGAUUACGGGGCCAGGUAUAUAAUCACUAAUCUCCCGUAUACAUAGCUAUAUUACCGUUAUGUCAUAGCAAGCAUAGACUAUAGUUAUAAGUAUUGAGUUUUAAAAAUAAAGAAAAUGU